AUGCCUCAAAGGAUGAUCAUGCCGUCUGACUCGGACAACUACUAUCACAACAUAACUUCCAGUCAUCAGGAAAUGUUCACGUGCCUGGGUUACCUGGAAACAGACCAAAUCAGUUAUACUGCAUCAGCGACGAAGACUCUCCUCCAUUUCAAGAUCGGCACCCUCAGAGAUCGUCACCAUGACGUGGGACAUCGUUCUACACAAAAGAUUGAGGUCAAUGAUACCAAAAAGCGAGCGGAGGAAGGCGAAGUCUCGAGACAGCUCUCAUAUCUCGGUGAGCUUGUUGAGAAGGAAUCCCCCAAGGGAACUAGAGCUAUUGGCGAGGUCAACACAAUGCCUAAUCAGAAAAGGACUCACAAAACGCUGCUCCUUUUCCCCUUCUUGAUGAACGCCUCCUACCCACGACCCAAAACUUGUGCCCCCUCCCCACCAUCGAUCGACGCCAGCAGGCUAGUUGGCUGA